CUUUCUUUAUUUUCUCUCCUGCGGCCCCAGACUGUUGCUCGGGUAAGCCUCAAAAAUCAAGAUGCAAUCGUGGCGAACAGCCCAGAUUCCCCCGUUGAUUCCGAGAGAAACGCGACCGGGAUGACCUCAACUGGCCAUCCGCCCUGGGUCUAUGGCGGCCGAUGACUGACUUCCCCGGCGAAUAGAGCCUGGCUGACCAUGAAUGUGAUAUCCACUCCGCAGUUUCCGCGCUCCCCGAUGGAGAUCGAUCCACGUCUGCAUGCAGACAGCAGAGACGGCGGACGUCCGACCGAGCGCGCCGGAACCCGCCCGCCCUAUCUACCAUCCUCCUCGUCUAGACAUGGCCACCCGCUUGUCGCUUCUAGAGAUUAUCCCGAUGCGACUCCACAUCCGUCACCGACCGAUCGGCUGCAUUCCGUGCUGGCAGCACCUCGAGUCCCGGGUACCCAACACCGGUCGGAUUCGACGUCGGGCAUCGACGCCUUUUCCAGUCCCUCCGUCGACCCCAGCGACCCUUACGCGGAGCUGAAACGGCCCCGCGCCUGCGAAGCGUGCCGGCAGUUGAAAGUGCGAUGUGAACCGGACAUCAGCCAUGCCAAUGGCGCCUGCAAACGAUGCGCGAAAGCCGGGCGGACCUGUAUCGUGACGGUCCCCUCUCGCAAACGACAGAAGAAGACGGAUAAUCGCGUCGCGGAGCUCGAGAGGAAGAUCGAUGCGCUCACCGCGAGCCUCCAGGCGUCUCACGAUCGUGAUCCCGUGCUGCAGCCGGUGCAAAUGCCCCCACCGCGCGAGGAGCCGGCGGCGAAGCAUUGGCUGGCCCCGACUCAUGUCGCAUCUCAUGAGCCGUCGCCUUUGCCCGUGGGGUCGCCGCGGAGCAUGGUGGGGAGGAAACGGGGUCAUAGUGGGGAGGAUAAAGAAACCACACCCGCAACCUCUCGGGUGUCUAGUCCGAGCGAAGAACAAUCCAUUUAUAACAAGGCGAUACGACAAUGGCGUACUCUGGGAUACCCGUCGGACUCAACAGCUAAGGAGGGGGCCAACGAAGUGGCCGAUAUAAUUGACCGGGGCCUUGUGAGUGCCGAUAUAGCGGCAGAAGCAUUCGCGCGAUUCAACGAGGAGAUGGCGCUCCUAAUUCCGAUGGUGGUCUUCCCUCACGGGACGAAGAUGGAGGACGUCCGGCAGAAGAAGCCAGUGCUAUUCCAUGCGAUUAUCGCUGUUGCGGUAGGGACUAUUCAGCCCCAGGCUCAAAUCCCACUCGUCAAUGAUUUCUAUAAAGUCAUCGCGGAACGGGUUGUUGUCAAAGGGGAGAAAUCCCUUGAGCUAGUCCAGGCGUUGUUGGUCUGCUGUAACUGGUACACGCCUCCGGACAACUUUGAAGAACUGAAGUUCUAUCAAUUAACGCAUAUGGCCGUCACCUUGGCUAUGGAUGUGGGUCUGUAUCGGAAAUCAAUGCCGAGAGGAAAGCAGAUGAAUCUGCUCAAGGACAUUAUAGCGAAGAAGUCAUCUGAGGUCCUGGAUCCGGACUCUCCGGAGACGAGGCGAACCUGGUUGGCAUGCUAUUUCGUUGCAGUUCAGGUUGCCGUGUCUCUUCGACGAGUCAAUCUUGUGCGAUGGCUUCCAUACAUGGAUGAAUGCGUUGAGAUUUUGGAGAAGUCCCCGGCUGCAUUGCCAUCCGAUAAAACGAUGGUUCGGUGGGCCAAGCUAGCACAAAUCAUUGAAGAGAUAUAUGUUCAAUGCGCGAGUGAUGACAUUCCCUCAAUUGUGUCCUUCUCGGACCCGAAGUCCAUCUACACUCUCAAGGCGCUCGAGAAGCAGUUGGAGCAAUGGAAGAGGGAAACAUUACCGGAGCAUUCUUCUCCUAUCAUUCAACAAGCAUACUGCAUUGUCAACCUCUACCUGCACGAAAACGCCAUGCAUGUUGAUUAUGGCAAGGACGAGGCGCGGACCACCGGGGAUGAUGUUGCUGGUCCUAACAGCGCAACACACAUCAGUGCCCUCAGCUCCUGCCUCACUGCCAUCCACGACGCCCUCGAUACAAUCUGUGCGAUUGACACUAAGAAGCUAGUGUCCGCACCGACGGUUACUCUUGCGCGCACGUCUUUUGCCGUCGUCGCGCUAAUCAAACUCUACGCCAUGGUCUUCACGCCGGAGACACGCCUGGAUCAAGUGAUGGAUGCGGGCAGCCUCAAGAUGGAAUACUACCUCGACAAAGUCAUUCGCCACUAUGCGGUCGCCGGCGAGCUCCCCGGCGGACGGACCCCUGCCAAGUUCGGGGUGGUGCUCUCCAUGCUACGCAACUGGUUCAUGAAGCGCAAAGACCAGGGCCCGGUGUUGAAGGAAGCGCUCUCGGUAUGCCGCGCUUCGUCGGAUUGUCAGAGCCACCCCGACGACAAAGGCCAAGUAAGUGCCACCAGGGCAUUCCCUGGAACUAGAACCGGUUUCCUUGCUGCUCUUAGUCACACAAUGGACACCACUGCUAACACCCCACAGAAGAACCACACCGGCUCCAGCCAGACGCCCUUGCACCUCCUAAGCGAAGUCGCCAUGGGCAGUAGCUCACGAAGCCACUCCUCGCCCGGAAAUCUGGCAACAGCAGGGGAACAACGACCCAUCCCCUACCCGACAGCUCCCGGAUUCAACAACAGCAACAGCAACAGCAAUCAUCCUCCCGCCACGAACCACCCCUCCGUAUCCUCCACCGACCUCACCUCCCACUCCCUCGGCCCCAACCCCGGCAGCCUAGGCGCCCCAACCAGCGCAACCGACUCAACCACUGAACCCUGGACCCCUUACGCCGCUCCCGCUCCCGCUCCCGCCGCCCCCGCCCGGGAUUACUACCCCAUCUUCAGCUCCGGCAUGUCCGACCUGCCCCCCGGCUACUCGGACCCCGCCAGUGCCAGUGCCAAUGGCGGCGGCGGCGGCGGCGGGAUGAUGUUCCCGCCGCAGGGCUUCUUCGUGCCCGAACUGGGCGUGCAGAUGGGGUUCGAUCCGGGGAACCUGCUGACGCUGCACAGUAUGAUCGGCGAUGGGUUCUUGGAUCUUCCGUUGCCGGCUGAUGACGGGAUGGGCUUUUAUUAAGGGGGGAAGUUAUACUAUACUACAUACUACAUACUAUAUACUAUAUACUGGUCACCGUUUUUGCUCAGGG